AUCAGUAAAUGGUCCGACGUAGUUUAUAUCAAUUGGGCCACCUUGGCGAAGUCUACCCGCACCCCGGUGUCAAAAUUAAAGUACCUGGUCCGGACACACAUCGUCAACCCGGAUACUUUGAACAUUUUGAAGAUUGUCUGUGGCGGACCUUGUCCCGCAUGGCCUGGGAAGUCCUUCGACAUCAACCAGAAAAAGAGAGGCGGCGUGUUACUCAAUCAGAAUGGACUGGCCUUGUUGGGCACUCCCAACGGUGGAGGAGGGGCUUGGCUUUUAAUAAACCACAAGGGGUCACUGGGAAAGAAAUACCCAGUGUCGGUAACGGCUUGGACGACUACAGGAAAGGAUAAUGAGGGUAAUGACGAGGAUUGGUACCAUAUGAUAUUCCAGUUCAGUACUUGA